AUGAACAGCCUGGCAGCUCUCCGCCUCUGCGCGCGCCCAUCAAUCGCACGACCGGCUCUGCGGUUUCCCGCGUUCCGCCCGAGAAUGUCUUCCAGCUUCCACUUCGCUGAGGGCGAGGAUGUCCAGCAGCUCACCCGCGACGCGGACUCUCUGCUCCAGCAGGGCUGGGCACGGGAUGGAGAUGGAAAGGGCAUUACUAAAACGUUUCACUUUAAGAGCUAUUUUAAGGCGGUGGCAUUUGUCAACACCAUUGCUGCCGAGAGCGCAUCGAAGAAACAUCAUCCUACUAUGACGGUGCGGAUUGGCUCCGUCGACGUGCACUGGACGACCCAUCGCCCGCGGGGAUUCACCCAGAAAGAUGUGACGAUGGCGCAGCAUUGUGAUCGAGGCGCUGGUCUGAUGGGUGCAGUUGAUCCUGGUCAGGGUAUGAAGUGCGGCCCUUAA